UUGUACUUGGUAUGUUGUACGAGAAAGGUGUACCGUAGCGAAAGUUUCGUUGUAAGUGCGAUUUUUUAUCUGAAUGAUUGUUCGGAAUUACAGAGAUAUUUAAUAGAAGUGACCGGUACCGAAUUGAAGAUUGAAUUAAAGCUUGUGACUAGCUAAUGUCAUGAAAUUUUAGAUGGAUUCAAAUCAUAGUAGUGUCGCAAACGCUGACAGCAGCAAUGUUAACAACCAUAAGAACGACUCCAAGACCAUUGAUCCAGGAGGAGGUUUUCAGAAAGAAGACACCAACCAAGCGACAACGAUUGGUGUAGUUACAUCGGACAGUCAUGUUGUAAUAACAAGCACACUCCCUAAAGUAGCAGCAACGGUGAGCGCCUCUGCGAAUGUCAAGCCUUUAUCUCACAAACUCAACGAUAUAAAUCUGCAACAAAUCCCAACUGAAGAGUUGCUCGGAUCUGUUACUACAUUUUAUCCCAGCGGGGAUGCAGAAUGUGGCCAUGCGUUGCGAACCAGUGCCAGAGUUAUACAUAAAAUGCGAAUGGAUUCUAUCCGCGGUAGUACUCCUCCACCUCAAGAUCGCAAAGAUGGCACAGGCAGUGCCGGUGGUGGUAAAGCUGGUUCUGCCGGGGGAGCCGGGGGUCAGUCCAAGACGCCGAAUCAACAGAAACAAGCCCGAAUGGUUUGGAGUAACCAGGACAAGAAUCUCUUUUUUGAGGCUCUCAACGAAUGCGGAAAGGAUUUCGAAGGAAUUAUGAACUAUCUAAACACGAAGAAACGAAGGAAAGAUCUAAACAGUGAACAAGCUUUUAAGGUGAAAGAUGUCCGUCAUUUGUAUUACCAGUUCAAUCAGAAGGUUUCCAAGUAUUUACACUUCUCCGAUGAAGUUAAGAAGGAAGCCCAGGAAUUGUAUGGGCUGAUCAACUACGGAGAAAUGAGGAAGAAGGUUCCCUUUCAAAACAAAAAAUAUUUUCACAAACUGAAGGACUUGGUGUACAAGGGUUGGACAACAAUCCGUGAAAAAGGUAAAAACAUUCGCAUCAAAACUCCGUCAUGCCGAGCUUUGCGAAAGCUUAAUCAAUUGGAGGAGUGGCAAGAGGAAAUCAAGUUGCCGCCUAGGGUGGAUGUAAUUCUGAAGCCUGCCACAGUUGGUGCCUGGGGACGGGUUCAGUCACUGGCUCAAAAUCCCCGUGUUAGAAUAUCUGUCACUCUGCAGAAACGCUUGUCAACCUUGUUGCAACUACUACAACAUAAAUGGCGACACCAAGUCAUUCGUGUAACAGAGAGAAUCUCAGGUUUAAAAGCCAAUUGUGCGAAUAUAACCUCGAAAGUUUCACGUCAGAAAACACAGCAUGAGUUAGAACUAUGCACUAAGAUGACUGAAGAAACAGGGCACGGUGAAAGUCAAAAAAUAUUGUGCUUCACUCCUUCGAAAGAAGCUGUGAUUCAUCGACCAAUGAUCAAUCUGACAGAAUUUCUAAGCAGCUAUAGUAUUUGUUUGAAUUCGUACGAACAAAGAAUUGGAGCCAAAGUUCGCGGUGAGGUGCUUUGCUCGGAAAAGCUGCACAGUUUCAAAGAGCGAAUGGGUGCAAACUCGAAACGUCAACGACACGAUAGUGGUUCCGAGAAACACAGUCCGGAUGGCAAAAAAGUUAAACAUGAACCGCCGAAAGAGAUUAAAGAAGAGAAAGUAAAUGAUAACCAAGCAGUGGCAAGUUUUGUAGAGGUUUUUAAAUCUCCCAAUGCGUCUAACGAAUCCAUCGACUUGAAUCUAGAAACUAGUGACGGCGAAGGUCUACCGUUGACUAAACCGUGCGUCGUUUUGAUGAAUGCAACUCUAGUGAAUACAUCCUCAGAUGAUCCCGAUUUGAAAAGUCCUGAGUCGAAUGAUUCGAUAAAAUUUCCUGGUUUAAGUAAAUUGAAGUAUGAAUCAGAUGCGGUUGGAUCAUCUACUGGUGGUGAAAACUCGAAUGAUGGGACUAUAUCAGAAAAUGAACAACUGAAAACUUCUAAGACAGAUGAGGUAGUUGAACCCCCUGUAAAUGAAGACAUUAUUAAAACGACUGUCAAGCGGAAGGAGUCAAAGGAAAGAUGUAAACGAAAAGAUUCAAAAGCUGGUGUGAGUGGUUUGAGCAGUUUACAAUUUAGGCCACUCAUCUCCGAAGAAACAAUUCAGAAAAUCAGAGAAGGGUGGACAGCGCAGAGUGUUGGAGACUUGACAGUCGGGGAUUUGUAUAUCAUGUUUGGCGAAGAGAAUAAGCUAUUUCUGGAAUACUGUUGGGUAACUCCGAAGGAAAACAGAGCUCUUGGGUCGGAAGGAUCUCUUCCGGUAGACGAUACUGUCCAAGAAGAAUCAUGCAACAAAGUAAAUGGAAACGUAAAAGAUAAUACGGUGAAAUCCGUAAGUUUCGAGGAUAUUAGUUUAAGCCAACGACUGAAGCAACUGCUACAAAUUGCCAACUUAAACGAAAAGACUGGCAAACGAAGAUGUCCUUGUGGACAUGUUUGUGACAGGAGAUUAAAGAUCGCUGAUCCUUUACCCAGUGCUUCCAGUUUGAACGAUAAUUUUUUGUUCAAACAUCCAAUGGUUCCAAUGCGCAGCAACCAUGUUGCCUCUUUGGCCAACUGUAACAUGCUGCCGCCUCAGCAUAUGCGUUACAAGCAAUCCCGUUGGUGGCGGAUGCGAGUAAAUCGCCAACAGGUUCUGGCACAGCGGGUAAUGUUAGCACCAAACGGGUUACACAGUUCGGCAACGGGUAGAAACAAUAAUAACAACUACGCAGGCAUAGCUAAACCGGUACCUGAGCCGACCACAUCAUUUGUUUCUUCCACUCAAAAUCACCAAGUGGCCAGCAGUAGCAGCAGUAGCAGUAAUGAGAGUAAACUUGCUACUGCCAGCAGUAUUCAAAGUCGUCCGGAAAGUGAUGACGAUCAGUUGACGAAACUCCUGGAAGAUAAGAUUAGCAGUUUCAGCAGUUCUAUCCUAACACCCACCUCCACCGUUUCCGAGAACAAAUUUGUGCUUGACACUACCGACGACAGCCUUAGUCUUUUCGAUGUUUCGCUUCCGUCUACCUCUUCAACAUUGAUUGCAGAAUUGAUGAGUGGAUCUGAAGCAUCUGGCAAUGAACAUUUUGAUAGUGGCGAAGGUACUAGCAGUACAUCUCUUUCUGCUACACGCAUUCUCAGGGAAUCACCAAUAGAUGGACGACUUAUCGAAACGGAUAUUAAUGACAUCUCACUAAGUAGCUUCCUUGGACAUUUGGAUGCUGUCUAUGAGAGUGAGGCGGUUACUAGGAAAAGGGAUUCCGAUAUGAACAUCAGUAUUAUUAGUGAAUCCAGUGUGGACUACAUUGCACGUUUCGAGGAUAUUGCAGCACAACUCCGCGCCCAGCAAGAACAGGAUUCAAUUUAGACUGAAUCUUAUGGAUGACGAUAACAGGGAUUUUUCAAUGAAUCCAUCACACAAUACGAAAGCUUUACACGAUAAACAAAGUUAUAUUCAUUAGAAUCACGUGAUCGAAACACCCGUUUGUCUGAAAUUAUGACGUAAUUUAUAACAUUGCUAAACAUUAACAUAAAUGUUGACUCAACGUUUCGAUCUACGUACUGUAGCGUUUUAGCUGACACAAAUUUGAGACAUAUAUUAUUUUAACAUUAAAAGUUAUUCAAUAUCAAUAUACGCUACUUUGUUAUUAUGUUGCCUUAUGCAUAACUUGAUUCUUAGUGUUGAUUGACUUUUUAAUAUUAUUUAUUCUUGUUGCUUUUCUCUGAAAAUUAAUUUUGCGAUCUUUUAAAUCAACCAAAUCUUAU